GGCAGGGCAUUUUGAUUUUUGUGGACAUUACUAGGUAAAGAAGCUGAAUACAUGGUCGGGGAAGAUGAUAGAUACCAAAUUGGAGUUCUAAACAUGAAUGCAAAGAACAUAAUCUUGACUAUGGAAGUUAAUGUUUCAGCAAAGGUAUAUGAUACCACCAAAGCCAAGAAGAUGUGCUCCACUGAAAAUGGACCUUGUAGAAUCAGUUUUUUCUUCCCAGAUACUCAUUAUGUUAUUCUUACGGCAGCCAACAAUGGAAAUGGGGUAACGUAUGUUGAAAUUUCUUUAGUGGCCCGUGUGGUUGUCUACGUAUUAAUUCUAGGAGUUACUGCGAUUGUUGUUUAUCUGAUUCUGAAAAUCCUUGGAGUUUAUGAUGAUGCUGAGCAGCAUAGUCAAGUUACAAUCGAUGUUACAUACAGAACAAGUAAUGUGGUUGCAGCACAGGCCGAAACUGAGCCAUUGAUGCGAGUGGAGGAAAAUCGAAUGUCAUAUGGAACAAAUGCAAAAGAUGAUAAACAAAAUUCAGGAGCAUAUAGUAGCUCUUCAUCAGAGGAGUUAUAUGAUGAAAAAUUAUGUUGCAUUUGUUAUGAUGAACAACGCAACAGCUUCUUUGUUCCUUGUGGACACUGUGCCACUUGCUAUGACUGCGCACAGAGGAUUGUCGAUGAGGAGAGCAAAGUAUGUCCUAUAUGCCGAAGGCUUAUUCACAAAGUACGAAGAUUGUUUCACAUUUAGGCUCACAGACAUGUGUCUUGUAGUGAUGUGAUUUGAGGGAUCAUGUAGAUAGCUGGGAAAAUUUGGUUGGGAAUUAGACUUUGGGUGUGGGUUUUGUGAAGAGAUUGAAUGAUGUUAUUUUCUAUUUUUUUGCGUGAAGCUGCCCGGGAAAUGGGUAACUAUCAUUUCGGCAUAUACUUCGGCUAACUAAGCAACCAAAAAAAUAGACUUUUCUUA